AUGGCUACUCUGCUGAACCUCUCAAAGAACUCUAAAUGCAAAAGCACAAUUGUUGGAAAUGGAGGUUUGUUCUUGAUACUUGAUGUGUUGAAAGGAGGGCUAAAGAUGGAAGCUCGACAGCACGCAGCUGGUACAUUAUUCUACCUUACAUCAGUAGAAGAGUACCGUAAAAUGAUGGGAGAAAAUCCAGAGUUCAUUCCAUCACUUUUGGAGUUGCUAAGAAAUGGCACUGACAGAGGAAAAAAGAAUGCCUUGGUCACCAUUUUUGGCCUCCUAAUGCGCCCCGAAAACCACUGGAGAGUGAUUGCUGCUGGAUUAGUCCCCUUGGUGGUUAAUCUGUUGAAAUCUUUCGAAAGGGAAGAUCUCAUUACAGAUUCUUUAGCAGUUUUAACAACGCUUUCUGAAAGGCUAGACGGAGCAAUGGCUGUUCUUUAUGCUGGAGCUUUGCCUAUUAUUGUCAAUGUUCUAAGUUCUUGCAAUUCAAGGGCAUCAAAAGAGUACUGUGUCUCAUUGUUGCUGGCUUUGUGUAUCAAUGGUGGAGCAGAUGCAGUUCCUGUUUUAGUAAAGAACUCAUCUCUCAUGGGACCGUUAUAUUCCCUCCUGGCUGAAGGCAACUCAAAAGCAAGCAAGAAAGCUAGUACACUCAUCAGAAUCUUGCACGAGUACAACGAGAAGACCUCAUCUGGCUUGAUCACUCCAGUUUUUAUAGAGGAUCAAUUCAUUAAUGUAUGGUAAUUAUUUACAAGCAUCCAACAUGUAUAUAUACACCAUGGUGUAGGAUGCUUUAGUGUCAUUUUCCUUUACUGGUGAUAUCGGCUCAAGUUUUUAAGAGCUAGUCACACUACACUGCUGCAGCUUCUGGUUUUUUGAAUGAAGCUUUGUAUAGUUUUACUUGUAUCUCUAUACUUUCUGAUGUUAAUGUGAA